GUUUGUUUUGAGCCUGUCUGCAGACGGUUUCACUACGUGUGCUUCUGGCACGUACCGCUCCCCUCACCUCUUUCCCCCAAUGCUGAAACCUAAAGGUCAGCGCCAGAGCACAGGAAAUGCACGAAUGCAUGAACCGCUGGUGUUUGCCUGGUUCUGAAAUGCGUCUUUCACUUCUUGACUCCAAGUCUGUGCUGCUGCCUUAAGGCCUGAUGUGUAUCUGCCUUCCCUCCGCUGGCUGCGUUAUAGCGGGACGCGGUAAAGUGGAGACAGAAGACAACUCGACUUAUCUUGGUCACGCAGCUUCUGGCCCGGCCGCCCGGCUGCUGCUUUAUCAGCCUCCACACACGCCCGCUCGCUGGGGAAGUGUCACUCCUCCCCCCUCCACCUCCUCGUUGCUGCUGACUUCCUGCUCGCCCUCCGCUCUCUCAUCUCCGCGCCUCACCCCCCUCUGGAUGCCAGUUGCUUCCAGUCAUGGAGCAGACGACAGUCACACAUCAGCCGGAGCUGUCACUUCAAGACGAGGAGGUGGUGGUUUUCACCGCAGGCGGUGACGACCGCUGGAGGUCAAACAGCGUCCCUGCAGCCGCGGGCCCAGUGCUCACGCAGCCCGGCCUCGGCGUCACCACGACAACCAUUACCACCAUCACGCAGACGGGGGGAGGCUGGAGCACCGGCCUGUUCGACGUGUGUGGAGACAAGACUACAUGCGUCCUCGGGGCUCUGGCUCCGUGCUGCCUGGACCUGAGUUUAGCUCAGCAGUACGGUGAGUGUCUGUGCAUGCCUCUCCUGCCAGGAUCCACCUUCGCCAUACGAGUCGGGAUCAGGGAGCGCUACAAGAUACGGGGCAGCGUGUGUGAGGACUGGACCACAGUGUAUUGCUGUUACCCUCUGGCUGUAUGUCAGAUGAUAAGAGAAAUGAAGCAGCGGAUGAAGACUCAGAUGUAUCAUGUGUCCACCGCCCUUGUGAGCUCCUGAAGAGACUUCAGACCUCUCUGUUUGCACUGCAUCACAGACUGAACAAUGAGCUCAUGAUCAGAUUAAUUACAGCAGGUUUAUGUGGUUAUCUUCAUCAGAAUCCUAUAAAAAAUCCCGCUUGCUUUUAUUAUUUUGUGACCAAGGCUGAGAAAGUCCUAAAAAUGAGGGAUGUGCAUCAUCUGUAUGAUUUGUGGCAACCAUUUAAUUUAAUUUAACCUGCGAAAGGUCUCCAGACAGUCUUCAGAAGGGAAGAUGAAUGGAGGAGGCGUUCUGGACCUUGAGGCGUAAAAUUCGAUCUACAGAUCCUUCUAAUCAAUCUCAUUUUCAUAAUUAAACAAGAAAUGACAUCUA